CCGCGCCUUUAAACCGCGGGGCCGGCCGCGCUCGCGGGCACUUGGCGGCUGGCGGCGAGCGUGCCGCGGGUGUGAGGCAGCGGCGCUGCGACUCUCUCUCCCCCGGCUCCUUAGUGGGAGCGCCGGCCAGGGACCCGAGCCGCGCUGUACGCAGCGUCCACCCGCCCGCUCCGCAGGUCCCCGAGCGUCGGGCGGCGAUGGAGCCCGGGCCCGCGGCGCCCUCGUCUGGCGCCCCGCGGCCCGCCCGGGAUGGGGACGCGCCGCUGACUGCCGCCGGGGUGGACCUGCCCGGCACGGCCGUACUCUCCGGUCGAGAGGAUGCUACCGCUGGGAGCCAGGCCGGCGGCGGGGUGCGCGGAGAGGGAACCCCGGCCGCUGGCGAUGGGCUGGGCAAACCUCUGGGGCCCACCCCCAGCCAGAGCCGCUUCCAGGUGGACCCGGUUUCCGAGAACGCCGGGCGGGCCGCGGCUGCUGCAGCUGCAGCGGCGGCUGCGGCGGCUGCCGGGGCAGCGGGCAAGGAGACCCCCGCGGCUGGGAAAGCCGGCACUGAGAGCGGCGUGGCCAAGGGCAGCGAGGAAGCCAAGGGCCGCUUCCGCGUGAACUUCGUGGACCCGGCUGCCUCCUCGUCGGCGGACGACAGCCUGUCGGAUGCGGCGGGGGUCGGUGGCGACGGGCCCAACGUGAGCUUCCAGAACGGCGGGGACACGGUGCUGAGCGAGGGCAGCAGCCUGCACUCGGGUGGUGGCAGUGGACACCACCAGCAGUACUACUAUGACACCCACACCAACACCUACUACCUGCGCACCUUCGGCCACAACACCAUGGACGCGGUGCCCAGGAUCGACCACUACCGGCACACGGCCGCGCAGCUGGGCGAGAAGCUGCUCCGGCCCAGCCUGGCAGAGCUCCACGAUGAGCUGGAAAAGGAACCUUUUGAGGAUGGCUUUGCGAAUGGAGAAGAAAGUACUCCAACCAGAGAUGCUGUGGUCACAUACACUGCCGAAAGUAAAGGAGUUGUAAAGUUUGGCUGGAUCAAGGGUGUAUUAGUACGAUGUAUGUUGAACAUUUGGGGUGUGAUGCUCUUUAUUCGAUUGUCAUGGAUUGUGGGUCAGGCUGGAAUAGGUCUCUCCGUUCUUGUAAUAGCAAUGGCCACUGUUGUGACAACCAUCACAGGAUUGUCUACUUCAGCAAUAGCUACCAAUGGAUUCGUGAGAGGAGGAGGAGCAUACUAUUUAAUCUCUAGAAGUCUAGGGCCAGAAUUUGGCGGUGCGAUUGGCUUGAUCUUCGCUUUUGCCAAUGCAGUGGCAGUUGCUAUGUAUGUUGUUGGAUUCGCAGAGACUGUAGUGGAGCUGCUUAAGGAACAUUCCAUACUUAUGAUAGAUGAAAUCAAUGACAUCCGAAUUAUUGGAGCCAUUACAGUGGUGGUUCUUCUGGGCAUCUCAGUGGCCGGAAUGGAGUGGGAAGCAAAGGCUCAGAUCGUCCUUCUGGUGAUUCUUCUUCUGGCCAUCGCUGACUUCGUCAUAGGAACAUUUAUCUCACUGGACAGCAAGAAGCCCAAGGGUUUCUUUGGCUAUAAAUCUGAAAUAUUUAGUGAGAACUUUGGACCGGAUUUUCGAGAAGAAGAGACUUUCUUUUCUGUAUUCGCCAUCUUUUUUCCUGCUGCAACUGGUAUUCUAGCUGGGGCGAACAUCUCGGGUGACCUUGCAGAUCCUCAGUCAGCCAUACCCAAAGGAACGCUCUUAGCCAUUUUGAUUACGACAGUGGUUUACAUAGGAAUCGCAGUGUCUGUAGGUUCUUGUGUUGUCCGGGAUGCCACUGGGAACGUUAAUGACACCAUUACAACAGAGCUAACUAACUGUACUUCUGCAGCCUGCAAAUUAAACUUUGACUUUUCCUACUGUGAAAGCAACACCUGUUCUUAUGGGCUAAUGAACAACUUUCAGGUGAUGAGCAUGGUGUCAGGAUUUGCACCCCUGAUCUCUGCGGGUAUCUUUUCAGCCACACUCUCAUCAGCACUGGCAUCUCUUGUGAGUGCUCCCAAAAUAUUUCAGGCUCUAUGUAAGGACAAUAUCUACCCAGCUUUCCAGAUGUUUGCGAAAGGUUAUGGAAAAAAUAAUGAACCUCUUCGUGGUUACAUCUUAACAUUCUUAAUUGCACUUGGAUUCAUCUUAAUUGCUGAAUUGAAUGUCAUUGCUCCAAUUAUCUCUAAUUUCUUUCUCGCAUCAUACGCCUUAAUCAACUUUUCUGUAUUCCAUGCGUCACUUGCAAAGUCUCCAGGGUGGCGUCCUGCGUUCAAGUACUACAACAUGUGGAUCUCCCUUACUGGAGCGAUUCUCUGCUGCAUAGUGAUGUUCGUCAUUAACUGGUGGGCUGCACUGCUCACGUAUGUGAUAGUUCUUGGACUGUACAUUUAUGUCACUUACAAAAAGCCAGAUGUGAACUGGGGAUCCUCCACACAAGCGCUGACUUACCUCAGCGCACUGCAGCAUUCAAUCCGUCUUUCCGGGGUGGAGGACCAUGUGAAAAACUUCAGGCCACAGUGUCUUGUAAUGACAGGUUCUCCAAACUCACGGCCUGCUUUACUGCAUCUUGUUCAUGACUUCACGAAAAAUGUUGGUUUAAUGAUCUGUGGCCAUGUGCAUAUGGGUCCCCGAAGACAAGCUAUGAAAGAGAUGUCCAUUGAUCAAGCCAAAUAUCAGCGAUGGCUCAUUAAAAACAAAAUGAAGGCUUUCUACGCUCCGGUUCACGCAGAUGACUUGCGGGAAGGUGCACAGUACCUGAUGCAGGCUGCUGGACUUGGUCGUAUGAAACCAAACACACUUGUCCUCGGAUUUAAGAAAGAUUGGUUACAAGCAGAUAUGAGGGAUGUGGAUAUGUAUAUAAACUUAUUUCAUGAUGCUUUUGACAUACAGUAUGGAGUUGUGGUCAUUCGCCUAAAGGAAGGACUGGAUAUAUCACACCUCCAAGGACAAGAAGAAUUAUUGUCAUCACAAGAAAAGUCACCUGGUACCAAGGAUGUGGUAGUAAAUGUGGACUACAGUAAGAAGUCAGAUCAAGAUGCUUUCAAAGCAUCUGGUGAAAAACCUAUUACACAGAAAGAAUCCAAGGGCCCCGUGGCACCUUUAAAUGUAGCUGACCAAAAGCUUCUUGAAGCUAGCACACAGUUUCAGAAAAAACAAGGGAAGAAUACUAUAGAUGUCUGGUGGCUUUUUGAUGAUGGAGGUUUGACCUUGUUGAUACCCUAUCUUCUGACAACCAAGAAAAAGUGGAAAGAUUGUAAGAUCCGAGUAUUCAUUGGUGGAAAGAUAAACAGAAUAGACCAUGACCGGAGAGCGAUGGCUACUUUACUCAGUAAAUUCCGAAUAGACUUCUCCGAUAUCAUGGUCCUAGGAGACAUCAACACCAAACCAAAAAAGGAAAACAUCGUCGCUUUUGAUGACAUGAUUGAGCCAUACAGACUUCACGAGGAUGAUAAAGAGCAGGAUAUUGCAGACAAAAUGAAAGAGGAUGAGCCCUGGCGCAUCACAGACAACGAGCUGGAGCUCUACAAGACCAAGACAUAUCGGCAGAUCAGGUUAAAUGAAUUAUUAAAGGAGCAUUCAAGCACAGCUAAUAUUAUUGUCAUGAGUCUUCCAGUUGCCCGGAAGGGUGCUGUGUCCAGCGCGCUGUACAUGGCUUGGUUAGAAGCUCUGUCUAAGGACCUGCCACCAAUCCUGCUGGUUCGUGGGAAUCAUCAGAGCGUCCUUACCUUCUACUCUUAAUUGUCCUGCCCCAUGGACUCCCUCUAAGAAUGGUACUUCAGUGCCUAGUCAGAGUGACUGGAUCGUCAGCAACACCGCAGCAUCACAGUGGCGAACUGGGUCUUUGUUUCACUACUUCAUUCUUUGAAAGCACAUGGACACGUUGCUCCACUGAUAGAUCUGUGGAGACUUCGGUUUUAGUCUACUCCAGAUCUCAGUCUUAUGACUGCUGAUUCUUCCUUGUUGGACUGAAGUUCUUGAGAGUAAAGUUUUCCUUUGCUACUUGACAGCAAUAAGAGUGAGUUAUUUUUGAUUGCUGAAAGGAGUACAUAAGCCUUUAGCCUUGAGGUGCCUUCUGAAAUUAACCAAAUUUCAUCCAUAGAUCUAUCGUCUUUUGUACAUUUAUAGAAUGUUAAACUCUGCCUUCAGACAUUAUUUUUACUUCUAAUCUCUGUCAUCCUAAGUGGACACUGCUUGUCUCCUCCCAUUGACCAGUUAGUGUUGAGAGCUGUGUGUUUCGUAUUACUUUUGUAAAAGCGUUUGUUGGAUACUGAAGAGGGUAGGACAAGCUAAUAAAAUAUGUGGAGAAAGUAUCCAAAAAUGGAGCCCAAGGUUAGGUUUAUAUGAAUAGAUACUUAGAGCUAGGGAAGAGAGGCCCGAACACCGUUUCUAUCUCUCAAUUAGAGUUAUCUAUUAUUUCUUUUAAAUCAUAGAGAUGACUGACGAUCUACCCAGUACUUCAUUUAUAACAUAAAAAAAAAAAUCACAUUUUUUAAAAGCAAAACCUUGAGGUCAUUUGUAUUGUUUUUAAAAGAUCUCUUUUAAUUUAGAAUUUCCUCUCAAAUGGGAGGGACUUUUAAGACAUGCUAACUGGUAUUUUUCGAGGAAAUUUAGACAAAGCAUUGCCAUUUACUAGAGCAUUUCAAUAAAAACUAUGGGGAUUUCACUAUCCUAUGCCAUCCUUUAUUUAAAAAGAAAGAUGACAAUGUUAUCAAUGGUUAAAUGGACCACUGUUUUCUUAGUGAAAUGGUUUUAGGCUUAAUUUAUUCAAGUAUCAAGUACAUUUAGUCUUAAUACACUCAGGUUUGAACAGAUUAUUCCGAACAUUGAAAUUUAAUCCAUUCUUAAUACUUUAAAACUUGCGUUAAAGAAAACUGCCAGUUUGUGCAUUUGACCUUGUCGUCUGCAAGUGCACUUGACAGUGAGCGUGCACACCUGCGCUGUCCUGAACGCUUUAUACACAGUCGUUAAUGUGAAGUGUCUAAGUUCAAGGAAGGAUCUUCUAAACAUUUCAAGGGAUUCAUGUCCACAUGUCUGUCUGUGUGUAUGUUUUGCAUACACAGGUGCAUAUGUGUAUAUGUAAUGAAAUUUAUGUUGCCAGUGUUUCAGAUUUUAAAGCGAUCAUGAUUUGGUAGGUUACAGAUUUUGUUGUUGUUGUUGUUUUAGUUUUUUCUUUUCUUUUUUAAGUAAGCAUUCAAGUCAGAUCAAGACAUUACAGAUUUCAUGGAGGACAAAGACAAUUGAAAGAACAUCGUGUAGCUUUGUACAGUUAUCCAGUUAUGUAAAGUAGAUGAUCUGUAAGUUUCAGUGGAGAACAUAGCGCAGACUUUCAUCAUCUUAAGGGAAAUGUCAGAAAAGCAUUUCAGUAGUGUAGUACUUGUGCUCCAUGAAAACAGACUGCGUUAAUACCAGCUGGAUAUCUUCUCGUUUCCACUCAGAAUAUUAAAGAAAACAAGGUUAAGUGAUUUUUUCCAAGUUCUUCUUACAUUAUAAUAUAAUAUUGUUCCAUUUAUUGUAAAUUUUGCAGAGUUUAGGGCAGUAUAGAAGAAUCAUAUUAGCAAACCAUAUCAUGUGUGGAUCUUCUGAAUGGAUACUAGGGCAUGGGCUGAAUGCUGCUAUCUUGAAAUGUACACAGCUAGACUUGCCUUUUAUUUUUAAAGGUUUUCCCUCAUUCAGGAAACUUCAUUGUGAUCUGUACUACAGAAACUAAAUGUCAUACAUCAUACGUGUGUGUUCAAAGUACAUAAAAUGGAUCUCAACGCACCUAACAGGGAGGGUGGCGACACUGUGAAGUGAUGCCAGCAGCAGCUCUCUACUCUUGAAAACCGCCUUCCGUCGUCAGCUAACACGAGCUGCCAGGCCAGACGUUCUCAAGGUUGCAGUAGUACUCUAAAACGAAACUUCUCAACGGUUAAUUCUUAGACAUCUAGCUAGUAUUAGAGCUGUUUUCAUUUUACGCUGUUUUGAUUAUUUUGAUGCCAAAUUAUGUUUUAGUCCUAAUCAUUGAUAAUAACUUAAAAAUACGCAGUGGCAUUUGAGCUCAUUCUUGGGAUAAGUUAAAAACUUGAGUGCGUUCAAAGAGAACGUCGUUGAUGAUUAACGGUUCACUAAAUCAGAUAUUCAUUUGUCUCAUCUUUUCCUUCCUGCUUUGUUUUCCUUCACUCUUCUCAUAUGGCUCUCCUGACGUGUGUGUGGUUUGUUUUGUUUUGUUUUUUUAAGACUAUGGAAAUAAUUUAAUGAGUUGAGCUCCGGUGAUGAUCUGCUAAGUUUGAAAAUGUAAUAUUUUGAUAAUACUGUACUGUACCUGUCCCAAAUGCUUUUGUAAUGUUUUAACCCCGAGUAUUGCAGUUGCUGCUCCGUACAGAGGUUACUGCAAUAAAGGAAGUGGAAUCAUUAAAACUUUAAUAUCUA